UAUAAACCUAUGAUGAACGAAUUAGUCAUUCCUCAAAAGAGUGUAGACAGGCAGAAAGAUGUAGGAAUCAAACUUAAGAGCGUACUAAGAAUUAGAGACGAGCCGAUCCUUGAUACAAUGCAAACUCAUUGUAAAAUAGAAAGAAUUUUAUUUUACUCCGACUCUUGUACUGUCAUCAGCGAUAUGAAAUAGCAAACAGAAAGUUGUUUCCUGUAUUAACGCAGAUUUAUUGAUAAGAAUUGCCAUAAGUUUGACUGAGGCUACUAAAAUUUCGAGGAAUAACAAGAAUAAACACCCUAGUAAUCGUUUUGAAUUGGCUGAAGAGUUAGAUGUACUGAUAACAAGAAAUAAAGAUAUGACUGCUACUAAUACUAAAAGUGAUAGGCAGUACAAUGGAUCAACUAAUACGAGGCAAAUGGGGAAAUCAUCAAUGCUUCACAACGAUACCCUUGCUAACAACAGUCUGUUUCUUGAGAAUGAGAAUGCGUACUUCAGUAAUAGAAUCGAGUUAACCUUAUUUGCUCAUAAAUUAAUCUCCAUAUCUCAUGACAAUUAUGGGCUAAUCCUUAUUUGAUCUCUAAAUACUGACAGCGGAUGGGCUAACAUCCUUUGAAUGUAUAUGUUCCUACAGUAUUACAGAAAUUUUGGUAAAUAAAAUUCUACAGGAAUUUUACCAAGAAGACUCCUUCAUUAAGGAGCAAGAAUUAAGCAUGGUCUCUGGUAGAGAAGCCCUCAGAUCUGUCAGCGGAAUGUACUCAGCAAUGAGUAUCUCUCAUAGCCAACUACUCGAAAAACCAAUCCAGGAACUUCCGUUUGGAGAAAUGAUGGAAAAUAUCAAAGAAACUUUUGGCAAAGUCUUUGUAGAAGAGCGUCCUGAUGUGUCUGAUAAAUACUACCUCUCUGGGCUGACAUUGAUCCAAAUUGCCACAACUCGGCUUUAUGACACUUUGUUUAAUUUCAAUUUCACUAAAGAAACCUCAAAGAAUAUAAAUUACAGUUCAAGUGAUCUUACUAAGAAGUUGAUGAAGAAGAUUCUGAAGCAUAUUGGUGGCCUUGAAAACUUUCAAACCGAGAAUCAAAAUGAUGAAAAUGGGCCAAGUGUUAAGAUUCAAAUGUACGAAUUCUUCUUUUCCCAUACCCUCAUUAAAGCAAUGCAGAUUCCCUUCAUGGAUCACACAUUUAUGCUGGGAUUCUUUGAGAAGAAUCUAAAGAAGCGAGAGAAAGCUUCAAAGAGGCAUCGUGAUAAGAGAAGGGCUUAUAAGAAAAAGGAGCAUCAAGAAGAAAGAUCCACACGAACAAUAAAGCUACGACAGUUCUAUGAGUUUUUCUCCAUGCUGUUCGACCAGAAGUUGUUUACACCUUUCUCCCAGUUCCUAACAGAAGAGUCUUAUAAAAGCCUGAAGAAGAUUUUGAAAAAGAAGAUGUCAACUCAUAAGAAAACUUUGGUGGGAAAUAAUUCUUCAAAAGGCGAUAUAAAGGCCUGCUCUCGGGCUCGGUCCAAAAUGGACAAAAUUACCCCACUAGGGUAUAAGAAUGAUGGCAGAAAUCAACAUAUUUUCACAAAUGAUGGUAAAGACAUGGAAAUUAAGGAGGACAAUAGUUCUGGUGAAGAAGAAGAGCUCAAGGCAACCUCUAGAUUUGGUGAGAAAUUAGCCAAAACUAUUGAUCAGCAAUCUAAAGACAAGUCCAAAAUUUUCCCUAUGAAAGAAGAAAAUGAAGAUUUUUCAGAUUCAAAUAUUGAAGACAUCAAGAAAGUGAUUGAAGGAGAAAUCCCUGAUGAUACUCUUUCCUUAUCAAACAUUACCAAAGAGAAACCUAAAAAGAUUGAUGAAAAGAAGGUUUCAGGGCUUGAUAAAUUCAAUUCUUCACAGAUGAGGAAAGGGGAUUUCUCAAAUAUUUCUAAAAUUGAUAAGCAAAAUAUAUCUGGGCUGAGUCAUUCAUAUGAUAUGUUUACAAACUCAAAUAUAACCCCAUUACAACAAUUGAGGGAGAAGUCUAGUCUUGUUAAUAAUCGAUAUGCUAUUAUGAAUGGUAUCUCUAAGAGCGAGCUAUCAACAUCCUUUAUUAAGCAAAAGAUAGAGAGAAGUGAUCUGGGAGACUCUAGGAACGAUUAUACCCCUCCUCCUCACUUUGGUGGAGGAGCUUAUCCUAAAAUAGACCCUGAUGCUCAUAACGCACUACACAAAAGCUUAUCAAGGUCGCGGGACCACAACAUGUCUAAGUCUCACAGCUCGGCCAAAGGAGACCGGAGAACUUCUAAUUCAAGAAUUUUCCAGCCGACACCUCAAAAAAUUCAUGAUGGCAGUAACUAAUUUAUUAAGUAUCAAUUAAUAACUGAGCCUUC